AUGACGCUAUUGAAGCUGCUCGGAGCUGGCGGCCUGUUGCUGGCUUCCCUGAGCAGCACUGUUGCAGCAGAGCCCUUUACGCCAAAACAUGAAGCCGGACGAUGUGCCAUGCGCGGCCACUGCGGCUCCAAGAGCUUCUUUGGCAAGCAGCUGCCCUGCCCUGACAAUGGUCUGGCUACGGACCCCGACGAAGACCUGCGAAAGCAGAUUGUCGACCUUUGUGGCGCUAAAUGGAACUCUGGUCCGGUUUGCUGCGAUGCUGAACAGGUCAAAUCGCUCGCCUCCGAGCUCGGCACCCCGAACCAGAUCGUUUCUUCCUGCCCGGCCUGCAAGGACAACUUCUUCAACUUGUUCUGUACCUUCACAUGCUCUCCCGAUCAGUCCCUAUUCUUAAACAUCACAAAGACCCAAGAGAAGAACAAGAAGACUAUGGUCACAGAGCUGGACCAGCUCAUCUCAAAGGAAUAUGGAACUGGAUUCUUCGACAGUUGCAAGGAGGUCAAGUUCGGUCCAUCCAACUCUAGGGCCAUUGACUUUAUCGGAGGUGGCGCAAAGAACUACUCCCAGCUGCUCAAGUUCCUGGGAGACGAGAAGGUCAUUGGAUCGCCCUUCCAGAUCAACUUCCCCACCGAGUACACCGAGCCAGGCAUGGCCCCUCGCGACAUGACCCCGAAGAAGUGCAAUGACGAGGACCCCAACUACCGCUGCGCUUGUGUCGAUUGUCCUGCUGUCUGCCCGGAGCUCCCGGCCGUCUCGAAGCCUGGCGAAUGCCAUGUUGGUCUUUUACCCUGUCUCUCGUUUGCGGCCAUCUUCACCUACAGCAUCCUCUUGUUCGCUGCCAUCGCAGCCGUUGUCGGACACGUUGUGUGGAGACGCCGUGCCAAGAGAGAGAGUGAGCGCCUCCGACUCCUGCAAGAUGCGUCUCCCAGCGACGAUGAGGAUGAGGGUGAUCUGGUCCAAAAUGGGGCCAUGUUCGAUAGACCUCAGAGAUACUACAAGAUCAAUACCUGGUGCGACGCGGCCUUCAGCAAGCUCGGUCACGCAGCGGCGCGCUACCAAGGAAUCACGAUUGGUGUCACGCUCAUCGUCGUCAUCAUUCUCAGUGCCGGUUGGGUCAGGUUCGACCUCGAGAAAGACCCUGCGCGUCUAUGGGUUAGCCCCACGUCUCCUGCUGCUCAGGAAAAGGCUUUCUUUGACGAGCAGUUUGGUCCAUUUUACCGCGCCGAAAAGGCCUUUUUGGUCAACGACCAGCACUCCAGCGGCCCAGCCCCCGUUCUCAGCUACGAUACGCUGAUCUGGUGGAUGGGUGUCGAAAAGAGCGUCAAGCAGCUGAAGGGCCCCAAGUUUGGCGCGACCCUCAAUGACAUCUGCUUAAAGCCUACCGGAACCUCCUGCGUUGUCCAGUCAGUGGCGACCUACUUUGGCGACGAGCCCUCCCUUGUUGGCAAGAAUGACUGGGAGGAUCAACUGCGGCAGUGCGCAAAGUCCCCCGUCGAGUGUCGUCCUGAUUUCGGUCUUCCUCUCGAGCCGAACAUGAUUCUAGGCGGUUACGAGGACGAUCCCGCUGCUGCUCAUGCGAUGACUGUCACCUGGGUCGUCCAAAAUGCUGUGGAAGGUAGCCCGGCCGUUGAGCGUGCCAUGGACUGGGAGGUUGCGCUUCGCGACCGCCUUCUCGAGGUUCAGCAGGAAGCUUCGGACCGAGGGCUUCGACUUUCCUUCUCUACCGAGAUCAGCUUGGAACAGGAGUUGAACAAGUCAACCAACACCGAUGCCAAGAUCGUCGUCAUCAGCUACAUCAUCAUGUUCCUCUACGCCUCUCUUGCCCUCGGAUCUACCACGCUGUCAUUCCGGGAUAUGAUCAGGAACCCAGCCGUGGCUUUGGUCCAGUCCAAGUUCUCACUCGGCGUUGUUGGCAUUCUAAUUGUCCUCAUGUCCAUUAGCGCCUCUAUCGGUCUGUUCUCCUGGUUCGGGCUCAAGGCGACGCUCAUCAUUGCCGAGGUCAUUCCCUUCAUCGUUCUUGCCGUCGGUGUUGACAACAUUUUCCUCAUCGUUCACGAGUUUGAGCGCGUCAACGUGAGCCACCCUGACGAGAUGGUCGAGGAGCGUAUUGCCAAAGCCCUGGGACGAAUGGGUCCGUCGAUUCUUCUCUCAGCUAUGACCGAAGUUGUCGCUUUUGCUCUCGGAACGUUCGUAGGUAUGCCCGCGGUGCGCAAUUUUGCCGCCUAUGCCGCUGGUGCUGUCUUCAUCAACGCCAUUCUUCAGAUCACGCUCUUCAUUUCAGUUCUCGCCAUGAACCAGAUUCGCGUGGAGGACCACAGGGCAGACUGCAUCCCCUGCCUGCAGGUCAAGGCAGCUCGCGUCCACCUGAGUGGCGGAAACGGCAAUGCCAACGCGCGGUUCUACGAAGUCCCGGAAGAGAGCUGGCUGCAGCAGUUCAUCCGUCGUACAUACGCACCGGCCAUUCUCGCAAAGCAGGCCAAGGCAAUCAUUAUCGCCAUCUUCUUGGGUCUGUUUGCCGCUGGAAUCGCACUUAUUCCCGAGGUGCAACUUGGCCUGGACCAGCGCGUUGCCAUUCCCGACGGCUCCUAUCUCAUCCCCUACUUCAACGAUCUUUACAAAUACAUGGAGACCGGUCCUCCUGUCUACUUUGUCACCCGAGAGUUCAACGCGACUGCGCGCAAGAACCAACGCGAGAUCUGCGCAAGAUUCACCACCUGCGACCAAUUCUCCCUCUCCAACAUCCUGGAGGGUGAGCGCAAGAGACCCGAUGUCUCAUACAUUUCAUCGCCUGCUGCCAGCUGGAUCGAUGACUUCUUCUUGUGGCUUAACCCUGAUCUUGGCGAUUCGUGCUGUGUUGAGAACGGCAAGGCAUGCUUUGCUGAUCGCAACCCGCCAUGGAAUAUCACCCUGUCCGGUAUGCCCCAGGACGGUGAGUUCGUUCACUACCUCGAGAAGUUCCUCAAGGCGCCUACCAAUGACGACUGCCCGCUCGGUGGACAAGCAUCGUAUGGUAAUGCGGUGGUGGUCGACUCGGAGAAGGACACCAUCCCCGCCAGUCAUUUCAGAACGAUGCAUACCCCGUUGCGCAGCCAGGAUGACUUCAUCAACGCCAUGUCGGCAGCCCGAAGAAUCGCGUCCGACAUUACAAAGUCAACGGGUGUUGAGGUUUUCCCCUACAGUCUUUUCUACAUCUUCUUUGACCAGUACGCCAGCAUCGUCUCGCUCACAGGAGCUCUUCUCGGUUCGGCUGUGGCAAUCAUCUUUGUCAUUGCGUCCAUCCUUCUGGGAUCUCUCAUGACGGCGCUGGUCGUCACCGUCACAGUCUGCAUGACCGUUGUCGAUAUUAUCGGAGCAAUGGCGGUCUUCGGCGUGUCACUCAACGCCGUGUCGCUCGUCAACCUGAUCAUCUGCGUCGGUAUCGGCGUGGAGUUCUGCGCGCAUAUUGCGAGGGCGUUCAUGUUCCCGUCGCGCACCGUCAUGGAGCGCGCCAAGAACCGCUUCCGUGGCCGUGAUGCCCGCGCCUGGACUGCUUUGGUCAACGUUGGAGCCUCCGUCUUCUCUGGUAUCACCGUCACCAAGCUUCUCGGAGUGUUCGUGCUGGCAUUUACGAGGUCAAAGAUCUUUGAGAUCUACUACUUCCGAGUGUGGCUGUCUCUGGUUGUUUUCGCAGGCACUCACGCUCUCAUCUUCCUCCCUGUUGCUCUCAGCUUAUUUGGAGGAGAGGGAUACGUUGACCCCGAGAGCGAGGGCGGCAUCGAGGAGGAUCUUGCCAGCCGUAGAUACCGGGCUCUCGUCCCGGACGAGGAGACUGAUUCGGACGAUGACUAUUAG